AGAUGUCUGCUGGAGGAGGCGGGUCGCUGCAGGACAGAACCCUGAAUAAAGUGGCCCUGUGCUCGGCGGUGUUCGCGGGAUUUGCCUACGUGGGUUACUCUUACGCCAAGACAGCCUUCUGCAGGAAACUAGCGAGGAGACAUGACCUGUAUGAUGAAGAGUCUGAGGUGUCCCGUGUUGUGUUCCGGCGUCUGUCGCAAACCACACAGACCGAUGCGCUGCUCGGAAACCUGGAUGUGAGUAACGCUCGGGGGAAGCUGAUCAUCCGGCCCAAGACUGUGCAGGUGCGACAUUUGGAGAGGAUUCGAGAGCUUAAUCUGAAGGCACGUCAGUUUGCCGACACCUUCAUCGCCAUCCAGACUGGGAAUGGCCAUGCUGGACACGCACUUUCUCGUAACUCUGCCAUUCAUGACCCCAAGAGCCUGCAGUGUUCGCCAUGGAAUUCCCCACGGCUUCUGUCUCCCGUUGACGUGAAGCACCUCAUCACCUCAAGAUCCACGGAGAACCUGACACACAUUCCCCCAGACGGCUCACCCUGCAGACCAAAGUGGGUGCGCAAAAGUCUGAGGAGGAAAAAACUUGAGGCGGCCAAUGAUCCUGAUGGCCACCAGAAGAAGCUUGAGGAGGAGGCCAAGGCACUCUACUCUGACUCAAGGGAGGAGCUGGCCUCGUCCCUGGAGCACCUCACUAGCAGGGGAAGGAUACUGACACCAUAUGAAGCAAAGAGUCUGGUGGCGCUGCUCUACUCGGAGGACAAGGGUCUAGUGGAGCGUGCCCUGGCCACCAUCGCCAAUUGUGCUGCCUUCAGUGUCAACCUGGACUUUCUACGUGAGGUGGGUUGCAUCCAUCGCCUCACCGCCUUACUGCAGGACAAGGAGGUCAGGUUACCCGCCGUACAGACUCUCGGCAACGUGGUGCUGUCUGAGGAGAACAUUCGGCAGGCUAAGGACUGUUUGCCGCUGCUGAUGGGGUUUGUACAGAACAGCUGGGGUGACGAUGGACUGCGGCUGGCGGCCCUGGUGGUGCUCACUAACAUCGCCACCAUCAGCGAGUGGCAUGAGUCAUACUGCCCGCUGCUGCACAGACUGUACCAGCUUGUGGACAGCACCAACCCUCACAUACAACUGCAGAGUCUUCGGUUGCUGGUCAACUUGUCCUGCAACAGAGAAAUGAUUCCCUCAUUACUGGCAGCUGAAGGGCCGCGGCGUCUGAGUGUGCUGGUGGAGGGCGGCACGGAGGAGGCGGUGCUGCUGCGGGUGCUGACGCUGCUGGCCACGCUGGCACACGCUGUGGCUGAGGAUGACCUUGACCCCAGUGUUGACCUGCCUCCGGAGAAUAAGGCAGCUGCUCCGGACACUAUAGGAGAGGCCGCCCACACCCCAAGCAUGCCAAGUGACAGGUAUGCCCGGCUGUUCGGUGUUGGGGUGCGGGACAGACUGGUGGCAAAGACUGAGGCGCUCAUCACCUCCCACCACGACCCGGACAUCCAGAGGCAGGCCACCAGGCUCCACUCGGCCCUCAAGGACACAGUGGCCUUUUGAAGUCUCCGCCAAGCCAGGUGACACGAAGAGCCGGCCAGCUGACUGCCAGGAAGCGUCAGUGUGGCUGUCUUGUACAUACUUGACGUUUGACCAAGUGAUAUAGUUUUGUCUUGGUAUGUAUUACUACCACUAACACUAUUACUACCACUUGCAUUUGUUUCUGAUACACGCGUUCGUACGUAUUACUCUCUCGAAUCUAGGCAUGACAUGAUGAUAUUGGAAGCACCAUAACACCUGUACUAUAUCCUGCUUUACCAGAAUGUGCAUGUUCCUGUAUAAAUAGACACGCAGGGACGGAUGCGUGCUGUAUGUAACGUCAGCCAGGGACACAAGCAUCCCUGAAAGCAGAGGCGUUGUUUACCCUAGCCUCCCCAACUCCCUAGUCAAUAUUUCAGGGGCGUUAUAAUUAAGCCCCACAUUUUUACAUUGUUCUCUGUCUGUGUGCUCCCAAGUGUGGCUGAAAUGUGUCUGCUGGCUAGUGUGUGGUGUGUGUCUGGUGAAGAUGUCUCACUUGAGAGGAACACAGACACUUGAGGGUAUGGCAGAGGAAUCCUGGCUUGUGAUCAGUGGUCUGUUUGCCUGUCAAGUCUGUCAGUGUGGCUUUGUUUUCAUCUCUACCUCAUUAUCUUUUUCCUCUUUUCUUUCUCUCACUGUAUUUUUCUUGAUUCUUUAUUCUCCUCUUCUUUCUCUUUAUUUUUCUAAUUUCCAGACUUUCCACACUUGUAUAUGGAAUCUUUUGAGUCAGAACCUUUCUCAAGCUUAACACCUUCUGUCAUUAAGUAUGACAUUCCGAGAAUUUCAACACUUUUAUAUGGAAUCUUUUUAAAUUUGUCAAACUUUAUCUCUUAAGCUUAACUUACCCUACCAUUAAGCAUACAAUUCACAGCAUUUGGCCACACAGACCACUGAACACAAAAAACACAGGAUUGAGGGCAUUCAGUUUCAGCCUCAGUGCCGUUGGAGUUGGCAUGAGGCACACACGCUUAUCUACCGAAGGGGCCCAGCAGUGCCAGGCUGAGAGGCACUGUGCGGCACCCUGGAAGACACUCGUCGAUGGCUAGCUGGGGGGCCACUUAUUAGGGCACGUGUUCUGAAAUGCUCUGCUCUCUCACUCCAACAAUUUCCAAAGGCCAUAAAGAUGAUUGGCUCUAUUUUCAAGUCUGUUUUUCUUGCUUAAGGUAUAAAAAAUUUUCUCAAUCACCAAUCAUCGAAAAACAAGGAUAUAAAAAUUUUCUUAAUCACUCCCAAUCAAAGAAAAACUCUUAGAAAUCUGUGUAACUUUAACGUGAGCCUUUUCAGAGCAGUGAGGGUGCAGGCAGUUGUGUUUCAGAGUAUGGCACCAGAACUACCUAAUGUGUUUGCCAAUGUCACUGGCACCAGGCUGGACACACAGCCAGCCCGGCGCCACAAGUCUGAGUGAGGCACUCCCACACGAAGCUUGGCGAUGGCAUUUAUUGAGAGUUCCAUGCUUGGUUUGUCGUGUCUUGUCUUGUUUUGGUGUGUGUGUGUGUGUGUGUGUGUGUGUGAGAGAGAGAGAGAGAGAGAGAGAAGUAUGUACUUUUCCCAGGCAUCUUUUUAUGGUUAGUUAUUUGUGGUAAUGACCAAGUAGCUUUAGUUUGUUGUUUGUUGUUUCCUCCUCACAGCAAACAUGUCACAACAGAAUUACUCCUUGCCUCUUUUAUGUACUCAAUGUCUCCACCACCACCACCACCACUGUACUCUAAGUAGCAUCAUUUGGUGGUUCAGACAGCUGGGAAUAGCCAGUGGUGGGCACAGCUGACCAGAGAGAUAUUUUCCAUAACUAGUGAAUUGCUAACUCCAGCUGUACAUUAUUCAUAGUGAGAUGGUGAACUGGUGGCCGUGUCAGGAGGCAGCAAGUGAUGGUGACUGCUGCUGCUGUGUGUGAUAGGAGUGAAUGGCUUUGGUUUGGUAUUGUGGGCCGUGAGACCCCUGAGGUGCUGGAGUUUUGUUAUGUUGCAGCUUAGGUGUAAGAGCUCUCUAAGUUACAGCUUGGUGAGAGGGUGAUCAAAGUGUGCACCAAGAUCAAAAUGAACAAAUGACAGUGAAUGUUGGGUUGCGUUGACCAAGCAGCAGCAGCAGCAAAGUUUUGAAUGGUGAGCUUAUCACUUACCACAUGUGUGUGUUAAUAUGUACAUGUAUGUAUGUAUGUAUGUAUGUAUGUAUGUAUGUUGAUAUACUAAGUGAUAUUUGCUGUAUAAUAAUACUUAACAUAUUAGAAUAUACAAUGUAAAUGGACUGAAACCAACAUGUAUGAACUUUGGGUUGGCAUAAGUCAAUUUAGUAGAAGUGAGUCAGCCUUUUAACAGUUCCCAGCAUAUAGAUGUGUUGAUGAGAGUCAGCUGUGUUAAUGAGUAGUUGACAGAUUAGCAGCAGCAGCAGUGUGCCCAUCACUGGCUCACACCACCAGCAAGGAAUCAGCUGCCAGUCAGUGUGUGUGUGUGUGUGGCAGGAACAGUACAGAGGCAGCACCUGACAGGCCAAGCAAGGCACAGACAGGCUGCCCUCACUAUUGUCCUGCUCAGCACCAUCAGGUGAUAGCCCAACGUAUAAACAUUGAAGUUGUUGCCAUGAUCGUGCUGGCGUUAUGGCAAAGUAUGAUGAAGAUAUUAUUUUUUUGACAGUUUGCACAAAAGACUGUGGGUUCCAUUCAGUAGACAGUAUGAGUUGAGUAUAGUGUUGUAGCCAAUGUGUUACUAGUCACUGUGUAUGCCAUAUGUUAUGUUAGCAUAGCUUUUGUUAGAUAGAAGCUGAUGAAGACAGCAUCUCAUGUGCCAUUAUUUCCUUUGUAACUACCAGACUUCACUAGUUUGUGCCUGACUCAGUGUGUGUGUGUGUGUGUGUGUGUGUGUGUGUGUGUGUGUGUGUGUGUGUGUGUGUGUGUGUGUGUGUGUGUGUGUGUGUGAUGAUCUUACAGUCACAAGUUUCAUGUUAAUACACAAACACAAAGUUGAAUGUAUGUGUUUCAUCAAGUGUAGAUAUUUAGCAUUCAAUUUAUUAUGUAUUGACAGGUGCUCUCUCUCUCUCUCUCUCUCUCUCUCUCUCUCUCUCUCUCUCUCUCUCUCUCUCUCUCUCUCUCUCUCUCUCUCUCUCUCUCUCUCCUUAAAGCAUUUAGUUGGUCAGUAUUGUUUUCUAUCGAUCAUUAACACCUUAAGGUCUUCAUCUUUCCUCCGGUCUGUGUCGCUGCCGCCUGCCGUGCGUCCUCCUCUGACAGCAGCUUGUAAUGGUCCACAGCAGCCACUUUUUAGUUUCCCUUGCUGUGUGUGGCAGAAUUUCCCCACUGAGAUGUCUGAACUAGUACUACCCCGCCUGCCUUGGCAACACUGUCUACAAUGGUAAUGAUCUGCUUUAUUUUUUUAAUCCAGAGAUAUCUUAGAGUGAAACAUUGAAGAGAUUACUUGUUUAUUUUGUAAGUGAGUCCCGGCGUGGGGUGUGUGUAAUGUGUUAGGUACUGAUGUGUGGUGCCACUCUUGUCCUUGUAUGAAGGCUGAGAACAGUUUGGCCAGAGUGAUGACACCUGCAAGUUAUCAAGUACUUACUAACCUUAUUUAUGACAUGUUCGCACUUUCCCAUCAGUGUGACACAAUCAGUCCAGUGGUGGUAUAGGAGUGCAUUAGGUGUGUGUGUGUGUGUGUGGAAGAGUGGUGGACAGGCGACUGGAGAGCAGUGAGCAGCAGUGAUGGUACCUGUUGGGCCUGUACAGGGUGGAGAGCUGCCCUGCACACCCUGUCUUGGUGCACCACAGCUCACCUUUGUGUGACGCUCACAGAGGCUUUGCUGUUUCCUCCCAUAACGGUUCAGAUCCUGAGGUGUGUGUGUGUGUGUGUUCCCAUAGUGAUGCAAGAUUGGCGUCUUGUCUUGGUUGCCUCGCUGCAGAGGUGCUUUCAGACUGGUCUAUACAGGUGCUAAGGAAAUGCUGUAUACAUACACACACACAGUUUAUUACUACAAUAUAUCACAAGUGUUUGAGGUGAUGGGCAUUGUGGUCCAGGCACUGGUGGUGGUGCACAACACCACCAUUACAAACAGUGGAAAGCAUUUCCCUUGACAUUUCACCACAUUCUCUUCCAGUGGUUGCUUUGAGUUCCUUCAACAUUGCCAGUCUUGUGUAGUAAAGCUGAGCCUCACCCACCACCCACCACCCCUGGUGUGCCCUACACCCGUCAGUGCUGCCUGGGGAGUUGUCUCUGACACGUGCCCUUCCAAACUCCCUCACUUCCAGGGUCUUUUGGGUGAAAUGUCCUCUUGUUAAGGCUUGUUUCAUUCAGCCUUUACUGCACAUCAGCUGUACCUGAAAAACAAGGAUAAUAUCCUGAAUUACAGCUGUACAAGUGUGCAUUUCUUCUUAGAUGCUGAAAGAGAGAGAGAGAGAGAGAAUCUCUCCUGCUGGUUUAGCAGUGAUACACAUUCAGUAAAAAUUGCUCCACUUUGAAUUAUUAAUAUUAACCAUGGCUAGCGCUAUGCAGCAGCAGGUGACAGUGACUGUGGCUCCCUGCCACACCAGACAGUUAACACUCUGUACUAUUGUAAGAUGAAGAUUGGUUGGUCUUAACUUGUGGCAAGAAAUAUUUCAGUGCAUCUGUUUCAGCUUGCACUGUUCUCCCAUGUGUUCCCACUGGCAAGCUGCGUGUCGGGCCAGUGUCCCCACCAGGGCGGCCACAACACACACACAUCACCCUCAGCUUCCUUACCCUUCUGGACUGACAGAACCUUAGAGUGUAAUCAGAAAUGCAGAAUACUUGAGGUGAAGCAUUCUGAACAAGGUAUUCUCAGCCUGUGCUGUAUUAUACACACUAACACUCCUGUAACACAUACACACACAUCAACAUUAUGCUGUAUUAUAUUAUUAUAUUGAAUACACCAACAUUACUAUGAUACUUAAACUGCACUUCCACCGAACACACUGGUCUGUCUAUCCUUGCUACCUGGUUUUUGUUCAGUGCAUCAUUCAUAAACCCCGGCACAAGCUUCCUACACACCCAGUGAUACUCUAACACUCCAACACUUGUGCUGAGGCUGCCGGGAACAAAAAUAUAUGCAUUAAAUGACUUGUUUAUUAUUUCACUUAUCCCUACAACAUCUCAGUAAAGUAACACACAAAGACAAGUAACAACACACAACCACAAACAUGCAACACCACACACUCUUGUCUUGGUGCUGUUUCUGUCCCUCACAACACACACACAUACACACACACCCCUGACAUCACUACUGUAUUUACACUUUUGUAUUUCAAAUGUGGUAUUUUUUUUGUACUUUUGUAUUCUUGCUAAAAAAAUUUCCCUCCUGUCUUGUAUUUCACCAUUGAAGUGUUUAUUGUGUUAUUUUCUAUUGCUGUAUUUUCAUUAACAUUUCUCCAGCUUGUAUUACUUGAUGUGUUUGUUAUUUUGUUAUUUUGUGUGUGCCACUUUUAUACUUUAGCUUUUGCUUUUUUUUUCCCCCCCCUCUAUUUCUCAUUUUGUAUUUUUGUAUUUUUUGUAUUCUCUCGUUUUCUAUUUAGUGAUGUGUUUGUUAUUAUAUUCUCUGCUUUAAUAUUGGCACUAACUCACAUUUUCUAUCAUGGUGUGUUUCAUAUUAUCCAAUUUAUAUUCUCACUAAUACAUUUAUUAUUUUUUUACUAGUUUUCCCUGCCCUUCUGUUUUUAUUUGUUUUUUCUCCACUUAUGUUGGUGUAUUGUAUUUCCUCUUCUCUUAAGGCGGGUUCACACGUGUCAAUAUGCGACUGAAAUUGCAAGUUGCUAGAAGUAUCGACUGAGCCCUUCUGGUCAGAACACAUUCACACAUGGCAACUGGAAAGUAUCGGCUGGUUGGCAGGAAGUGAAUGUAAACAAAAACUACUCAACAAGAUGUCUUCCUGUGGUGACGAUGACGAUUGUGAUCAAAUUUAAUCCUGACAAGUAUUCAAUCUUCACCUCCAACAACACCGUGCAUGGAGGGAAGCAGUCAUCAGAGAGUGGCAGCUGUCUCAUUGAACGCCAGUAUGCAGAAGCUUUUUUUUGCUAUAGAUUUCACUUUUAAGAUUCCAGAUGUGCUCUUUUUCACUCACCAUCUCCAAAAUCACAUUUUCUACAUUGACACCACAUUUCCAAACCUUUCUCAGUGACAGCACAACAUAAACAAAGUCGCAAAUUGGUUGGUCUUGUUUUGUGACUGGUUUUUCCAAUUGCUAGGCACCAAUAUUAAGUUGGAAACUCUACUGACUUGUAAUUUCAGCUGCAAAUUGACACAUGAGAACCCAACUUUAAUCUGUUUGUGUAUUUUCUCUCCUCUUCCUAGUGUCUUUGUUGUUUUUCUCCUUUUGUGUUGGCAGUGUGUUUGUGGUGUAAUUUAUCUCCUUUUUCCUAUUUUAUCCUCUUCCUGUUGUAUUUCUCUUGUAUUUCCUCUUCUCUUCCUGUGGUGUUCGUGUUGUAUUUCUCUCCUCUUGGUAAGUUUCUAUUGUGUUUCCUCUUCUCUUCUUGGUUUUAUAUUGUAUUUCUUCUCUUCCUGUCAUUUUUCUUCUGUAUUUCCUCUCCUCUUCAUGUUGUUUUUGUGUUGUGUUUUCUCUCCUCUUCAUGUUGUAUUUGUGUUGUCAUCCUUUUGAAGCCUUUUUAGCAGCUGUGAUACUCUUGCCCAGCUUGUUUGACUCAUGUGUUUCCCUGAGUGUUUCCUGAAGAGUCUGGUGUUCCGUUAGUUCAGCCUUGUGUUGACUCGUUCACUCUCAGUGCAAGGUUUGAGUUGCAUCUCUCGGAACACCGUGUUAGUACCUGUGCCGAUGUUUGUGUAACUUGGCGCUGUCUUUUAAGUCUAUUUUAAGUCCACUGUACCCUGUCACUGAUGAGCGUCUAGUGUGUAACCCGCGUAUAAUUGAGUGUAAAACGGAUGUAUAUACGAGUAAUUAUAUUCCUCACCUCUAUAAACAUUUGUCUUAAGCCUCAAAGUUGGUGGUACAAAUGUAAAUACACACUAUUCUAAUUAUUUUACCUCCUAAGCCUCACUGACAAGCAAAUCUGGUCAUAUCCCACCAUGCCUUAAAUUAUCAAGCUUCCUUCUCUCCUGUGUUGUGCGGCCGUUCCUUCAGUACUGAGUCUAGUCAUAGGUGUUUAGUGUUCCUGGCCCCCACUGUAUUUUCUCCUGUAAUUUAUUCAAAACAGGAGUAGACUAAGUACAGGUGUGCAGUGUUGGAGAAUUGAUUGUCCUCUCACUAGACCAGGGGUUCUCAACCUAGGAUUUGCAAACCCCAAGGGAUUCAGAAGAAGAUUUGCAGGGGUAUUUAGAUGGCUGGUCUAAUAAUAUCCUUUGUAUUACCAUUGCAUAUUGAAUUAGUGUCAGCCACUAAAUUAACAUUGUUUGAAAUCAGAUUACUUUUGGUUUGGUUAGAUGGUCUUUUAAAAGGUUGAGGACCAUUGCUCUAGACACUGCAGGCACACAUGAUUUUAUUUUAUGUAAGAGCAUUGGACUAAAAAGAAGUGAAAAGCUAACCAAGAGUGCCAGUCCUUGUGCAGUGCUGGGGAGGUGCUUAUCCCCUCACUUGGCACAACAGGCACACAUGACUUGAUUUAUUAUUUUAAGAGGGACAUUGGUCUUUGGAAAAAAAAAAAAAAAAAAAGGAGGAGGGAAGGACCCAGCUGCCAGUUCUUACAUAGAUGUGGCAUAGCUGAGGGAAGUGUUAGUUAAAAGGAUCACUCAAAAUUUAAGUAUACGAGUGUGUUGAAACCUUUGUCUUGCCAGAGUUGAAGUACUGGCUGGUGAAGACUACUGUUGCCUGGUGAAGUGAAGCUGCACUCAAUAGUCAGGUUUGUCAGAACAGCUUUGUGUUUGUCAUUAGUAGUGAAUCACAUGUCAACCCUCCCUCACCACCACCACUACCACUUUGGCUAUCUAGCUACCCCGGCAGCCUGUCUGGUGUUGUGUUGUGUUGCCGCCAAGCUUGUCUGUCGGUUUGGUUCAUGUACAAUCAGAAUUCCGUGUGAGAGGCAAUUUUGAAGUCCUGUGUUGCCUUAUGUGCAGGCAACCCACACGUCAUCAGUUUGUUGAGUGUUUUGUCUGCUUCAGUUCAUCUCACAGCCAGGAGGAGGAAGAGGAGUCACUGCCACUGCAACACUGUACUGUAGUAACCUCAACAUCUGCCUGCCACCCGUUGCCCCAACACCAGCAAGCAGUAUGGGCAGUGUUGUGUGGCAGCUUGCAGCAAGUGUUCAGGUGCAGCGGCAGACACCCUGACCCUGGAGUGUGGCUUGGUGAGCAGCAGCACCAGCAGGCUACACACACUGGCUGCCUGGUUAGGUGCUCGGUGGUCACUGCAACACCUCCCCUCGCUGUCCUCCUCACCACAACACCCUAGUGACAGGUGACAGUGGAUCCUGCACCUUCCCACUCUCCUCCCAGGCAUUGCUGACAAAAUCUACUUCCUUCCCUCAUUUUGUUUAGCCUCGGUCACUCACUGUGUUGGUCUACGGUGAUGAUGUGUCUGUGGGUGUCCUGCCACACCGGGCAACUGACCUGACUCAACUACUCUUGUUGCAUUUGUUGAGAUUAAAAAUUAUGGUUUCUCA